UGGGUCGCUGAAUGCAUGCAAAAUCAAGAGGACCUAAUUCAGUUUAAAAUGUAGCCAUUAUGUCCUUUCCUUUGAUCAAAGAGAAUCAUGUCAAGAGUGAGUGUUAUCAUUAUCUGAAAAUAAUAAACAAUUGCAACAGGUCUAAGGCCAAUUAUAGCGAAGGCCUACGUCUCUUUCUGGCCAGCCUAUUUCAAACGAAAUAUUAUAGGCCAAAAAUGGCAGGAAUUGCUACUGGAACAAGGCCAAAGAAUUUCUCAACAUCUGAUUCAUCUAGUUGAGAGAAAUGGGGAAAUCAGAUGCGCCUGCCCUGCUGAAAAUCACAGGAAAGGUUAUUUUUCAUGUAUCCAGUCCAGCCAAUUUAAAGGCGCUAUAACGUAUAGAUAACUAUUAUUGUUGCAUUAUUCCUCUCCAAGUGGGCAUAUAACUCCACCCUGAGGUCAGUUGCAGGCUGACCACUCCAUUAGAUAUGGCUCAUAACAACAUGCGUGAAGUUGAAAUCAUGAAGUCUUGAGGAGGAUAUUUAGCGCAGAACGCGCUGGAGCGCUAUACCCAACACAUCGGAGCACGUAGGGAUCCAGACAACACGGUCACAUUACGGAAAAUAAGGGUUCUCUUUCAUCAGAGCCCACGUACACAUCUCUUCCAGAUGGAGUUCCAGGGGCCGGAUGGACAGGAGCAGCCCAGCGAGGUGGAGUUGCUGGGGCAGGUGGUGGUGGUGCUGCAGAACCUGCUGGAGGCCUCGCGGCUGCUGUUCCAUCGCGCCCAGCAGAGGGCGCUGCAGCUCGCCGUGGUGCUCUGUCUGCUGGCACUGCUGCUGUGGAUGGCUGUGUUCAUCUAUGGGACCUUCUACUACUCAUACAUGCCAACAGCCAGCUACUCCACGCCAGUUCACUUCUACUAUAGCCCAAACUGUCAGUCAUCUGCUGUGUGCUCUUUUCCAAUGGCCAAUGUCUCUCUAUUAAGAAAAAGCAAGGAUCAGGUGAUGACAUAUGGGCAGCCCUAUCGGAUAUCUCUUCAGCUGGAAAUGCCUGAGUCACCAGCCAAUCAGAAUCUAGGGAUGUUCAUGGUGAAGAUGACUUCAUAUGGCAGAGAUGGAAAGACCAUCAAAACAGCAGCACGCUCUCAGGUCAUGUUGCACUACCGGUCAGUUCUGCUGCAGGUGAUGUCCACUGUCCUACUGUCUCCCCUGCUGCUCAGUGGAGCCUCUGAGCAGAAGCAGCUCGUUACUAUAGAGUUGUUCACAGACUACACAGAGAACUCAUAUUUACCUACUGCAGGCGCUGUGAUUGAGCUGCAAAGCCCACGAGUCCAGGUGUACUCAGCACACCUGUACAUACACGCCCACUUCACUGGGAUCAGAUACGUGCUGUUCAAUUUCCCCACUUUGUCCGCUCUGCUUGGAGUGUCCAGCACCUUCGGCUUCCUUAGCGUCAUCAUCCUCUUUAGUUCACUACAGUACAGCUUUAACACACAGGUCUUACGAUCACGGGUGAGACGGCGGUCUCGGCUGCAGAACAGAAGGGAGGAGAGACCCGAGAGAGCCUACUGUACAGAGCCUACUGACGUUACUGCAGAUCUGAGCGAGAGGCUUGCAGCUGAACUAACGUCACGCUACAAGAUCUUCACAGAUGAGCCAAGCUACUGCACGGAUUCCCCUCCUCUGCUGGUGUCCAGUGACCCAUCUGUAGAAGCUUGUGAUGGGAUGGAAGAGUCCAUUCCUGAGGGAGCAGGGGUGUCUGAGCCGGAGCCAGAUAUGCCGCUAGAUCAGGAAGUGGGAGCAGAGGGUCUGUGUGCGGGAGCAGCAGAGGAGCAGCAGAAGGCCAGCAUGAAUAAGGCUGAACUAGAGGGGUCCUCCAGUAUCCCAGAAGCCCUGGAUCCCCCAGAGGAGGAGCAGGCCAACCACUGUGUCAUCUCCUGAGCUCUUUCACACACACACACACACACACAUACAUGGACACACACCUCACUUCUGCAACAGCCACACAUACAGAGUGUUUAAAAACAGAUGCAAACUCAAAUGACCAUAUGCACACCAAAUGAAUGUUUCUAUGUGUGUCAGAAAGAGAGAGAUGGAGUAAGAGAGAGAGGGAAGAUAGAAAAAGAGAAGAUAGAGAGAGACAGGGAGUGAGAGUGAGAGAUAAAGAGAGGCUGCAUAUUUUGGAAGUAAGGUGAGAGAAGCCUAACUGAUAAGCGUUUUCUCGAAUGUGGGUUGUCAUUUACAGUUACUGAUAGCUCAACCACGAUUUCCCAAACAAAUGAACUGAGCACAUGAACAGGAAUUUAUCUGCACACACAAACCAAGGAGGUCAGAGGUCAAAUAGGAGUUAUCAGUGCAAAAUAGCUGACACUAAAUAGCAAGUACUCUUUGUAACAAAAAGGUGGCACUUGAAAGACCGGGGUCAGCCCAUCCUAAUUGACCUCUAUGAUGUCCUCCACAGGGUCCUCUCAGCUCUACCCUGCUUGUGUCAGACUGGUCUGAACAGAUAGUAGGGCUGGGGUCUGGAGGGGGGAGGGGAGGUGAUCUGGAACCCUCAUUGCGUCAAAGUUAUAUUCAAUUGUCCAAAAAUGGCCUCCACAGUUUCUGUCCAGCUUUACGCAUGCUCUGGCCACAUAGCCAGAUCUGGGACGAGUUUGGGCCAACGCUGGCAUGAGUCCGAGUAUGACGAUGGAUACCAAAUCAGAUGCAAUGCGGUACAUCCAGUGGUCCAGCACUGUCCGACUCUGGAUUUCAGCACCUGAAAAAGAUAAAUGAGGAGCAAGUUCAGAGCUUGCACACACUCUUGCACUCCCCUUUGGCUUUUUAAAGACACACUCACUCUUGCACUAUAGGGGACUCCCUCCUGGCUUUUUAAAGACACAUUAUAGCAGCCUUCACCUUAAGUAAAGCCAUUUGUGUGUUUACUUUCUCUGUUAUCAGAACCCAGCUCAAAGUGAGGAAAAAGUGACUGAACAAGGAGGAUGAGGUGGCACUACUGCAAUGGCACUUAAUGAGCUGCUAGCAAAUUGAAUUUCCCCUGGGAUCAAUAAAGUAUCUAUCUAUCUAUCUAUCUAAUUCAGUUGUGUGUGCUUAAAUAGUAUAUUUCAAAGCUGUCUGCCAAGCUUAAUAUAUAAACCAAACAACAACUCAGUAUGGUUUAUUUAUUUAUGUUAUUUCAUUUUGCUUCUGCUUUUAUGUUCAACAAACAAGUGAUAUUUCUGCUGUUACCAAAAUGUGUAG